AUGGCUAGGAAAACAGAAGUCUUCCGCGUUCGACUGAAUUGCGUAGAUCAUUAUCAACAUUCGCCGUCGAGUCUGGAUGCGCCUCUGUUUGGGUCACAUACAUUCUCUUCAACUCAACGAAACAGAUUACCUCAAGUGCCAGUAAUUCGUGUCUUUGGAGCGACUGAAACCGGACAAAAGGUCUGCGCUCAUAUUCAUGGAGCCUUUCCAUAUCUGUUCGUCCCGUACGAAGGCUCCAUCGAGGAAAAGACUGUCGAUACGUACAUUUCGGCCUUCAGAAGUGCUAUCGAUUCUGCACUGACACUCUCGUACCGUCGAAAUCCUCACGAUGACCCCAGCAAGGCCAUCUUUGUCGCUCACAUCAGCUUGGUCAAGGGAGUACCCUUCUUCGGCUACAAUGUUGGGUACAAAUACUUCUUAAAAGUCUAUCUUCUCAAUCCACUGCAUAUGACUCGCUUCUCGGAUCUCCUUCAGCAGGGUGCAGUCAUGAAGCAGAUGUUUCAGCCAUAUGAAGCUCAUCUACAGUAUCUCCUCCAAUGGAUGUGUGAUUUUAACUUGUACGGCUGUGCAUACAUUGAAGCGAAGCACGCAAAAUUCCGAGAGCCGAUACCCGCCUGGGAUGACCUGGACAACGAAGAGCACAUCUGGCACGAUCGCUCGAUAUCUGCCGACCGCUUGCUGAACCCGAACGAGUUCACUCGCCAGAGCCAUUGUCAGCUCGAACUUGAUAUCAGAGUGGAAGACAUCCUUAAUCGUUUGUCGAUCGAUGAACGACCGCUACAUCAUUCAUUUGUCGAGCGGCUUGCAUCGCUAGACAAUUUGCCUAUUGAGGAGAAACUUGUACAUUCAAUGAAAGGCCUCUGGAAGGAUGAAACACGGAGGCGGAAGAAGCGGAUGGGGCUCUCAGAUGACUCGUCAUCUCCCUUCCCACCGGAAGUGCUGGUCAGCAUGUCUGCGGAUCCUCGAAACACGAGUGACGGUGGCUGGAUUCACGAAGUCGAGUUUCGCCGAAUGGUUGUGGAGCUUGCCGCUCAAGAGAAGCGUGCGCGUGGCGGCGGCGGACUCUCAUUCGAAACUUUUGGUGAGCAGGAUAAAACAAAUGACGGAGUACAGACCGUGUGGGAUAGUGUAGCCGACUUGUUCACGAGCACGAUGACUUUUCGCUGGAGCGCGGAGAAGAAGCUUCAAGCCACUCAAAGAUUAGACGAGAUCCUUUCGAAUCAGACUCAACUGCCAGGCUUGGCAGAGAGCGAGGGAAGUGGAGUUACUACACCUGACGAGGCCGAGGCCAAUGCAAAUCAACAUGAGGAUGAGUAUGGAAGCGACGAAGAGAAAGCGAAAGAGAUCAUGCUCACGCAACGUCAAAAGCUCGCCAUUGCUUCAGGCAAAGAGGCCAUUGCGCGAGAGACCGAAUCGCUCUUCGACGCCGCUGAGCAGAAAGCAGCAGCUUUAUCAACAAGUGAUGCCCUCAAACGCGUCGCGCCGACCAGCAGUCGACAUCCCUUCAAGAAAAGCAAGCUCGCCGACUCAACUACGAUCAACCAGGGACUGACCCUGCGGGUGCCCGAUAGGAGGGCUGAAAAGACGGGAUCCUUGACUUGGUCUCCCACAUCACCACUCGAACGUCCACCGCCCGGAGCUCAAGUUCCAAAAGCAUUCGACCAUGACAAUAACGAGAACUACUUGCCACCGCCUUCGGCUCAACCACCGAGCUUUCAGCAAUCGCCCGUCGCAUCUCAAGGCUCUAAGCUGGCAUUCCCUGUCGUGAAGAAUCCGCAAGAUCCCGCGACCAUUCUCCGAUUGAGCCAGCGUGAUGAUCAAUUGCAGAAACCAACGCAGAAUGCAUCUCAGAAGAGCACUACGGACUCUUUAGGCAGUUUGGUGAAGUCAGGCUCUCAUAAUACUCCCAUAUCACCUGUGGAGCAGCGUCCAACGAUCGACCCGGUUCUUGCAAAGAACUAUGGCAAAGCUUUCCCUGCGCCGAGGUAUAUCGAUGUUCUAGUUUACUCAAUUGCUCCCGUAUCGGCAGCAGAAGUCAGCCGCACCCUGACGCCUGCAGUCAUCUAUCAGGAUGCGUACUAUAGCGACGAAAAGGAUGUCCCCGAGAGACCUCGUGAAUAUGCUGGCCAAGAGUUCAAGCUUCUUAGUCGUACCAUGCCCUACCUGCCGAGGUUCAACACAAUGGGAGUUGAUGAAGGCGUGAAAGCAAACGAUUACGAUAAGCAGUCGUCGAAAGUCGCCGCGAGAGAAAGGAGUAGGAAAUGUACUCUCCGUCGCUGGGAGAUCAUGAGUCCUCCGCCAACCUGGGCUGAAGUUGAGGGCUGGGUGGAGCAAGACCAAAGCACCGGACAGUAUGACGCAAAAAGAUCUUCCAUACAGCAGACGAGCUCCCAGCUCAAGCGCAAGAACAAACCCGACCGUGAACUAUCUCAAAUCGAAGGACCUACACAGAAGAACAAACAUGGCGUUAAAUACUCACAGAAGAAAGCAAGCACGAGUGUCCAACACGAGACUGGCUACAUGAGCAUCAUGAGCUUGGAAACGCACAUCAACAGCCGCGUCGAUCUAGCUCCUGAUCCAGAGCGGGAUGAGGUCAAUAUGAUCGUUUGGUGUAUCGCGGAUGAACUCGCCGACGAGAACUUCAAAAUGGGCAUCAUCAUCCUGGCGCAAGAGGAUGACUGCGAUCGGGUUGAAAAGAUUCGCAAGACGGUCGGCAACAAUGUUGAAGUCGAAGCAGAGGAAAGCGAGCUCGAUCUCCUCAAUCGCAUGGUCGACAUCGUGAGAGAAUACGAUCCAGAUGUGCUCACCGGCUACGAGGUCCAUAACAACAGCUGGGGGUACUUGAUCGAGCGUGCUCGAAUACAAUACGAGUUCAACCUGCCCGAUGAAUUUUCACGAAUGAAAUCGCUGUCUCAUGGUCGAUUCGGGAAAGAUUCAGAUCGAUGGGGUUUCAAUCAUACCUCGACGGUGCGCAUCACGGGUCGACAUACGAUCAAUAUUUGGCGCGCGAUGCGAUCGGAACUCAAUCUCCUGCAAUACACGAUGGAGAAUGUUGUCUUUCAUCUUCUUCAGCGCCGCAUUCCUCACUACUCGUACGCCUCAUUGACGAAAUGGUACCGAAGCAAACGGCCGAAGGAUUUGGCCAAGGUGCUCAACUAUUUCGUUUCCCGAACCAAGCUGGAUCUGGACAUUCUCGACGCGAACGAAUUGAUUCCGAGAACCUCUGAACAAGCUCGUCUGCUUGGCGUAGAUUUCUUCUCGGUGUUCAGCCGUGGUUCACAAUUCAAGGUGGAAUCUCUCAUGUUUCGUAUUGCUAAGCCCGAGUCUUUCAUCCUCGUUUCGCCGAGUAGGAAGCAAGUCGGGGCACAGAAUGCUCUUGAGUGUCUCCCUCUUGUCAUGGAGCCACAAUCAGCCUUCUACAGCAGUCCAUUGCUGGUGCUGGACUUUCAGAGCUUGUACCCAAGUGUAAUGAUCGCUUACAAUUAUUGCUACUCCACUUGUUUGGGCCGAAUCACAAACUGGCGUGGGACAAACAAACUUGGAUUCGGCGAUUUCCGACGUGCGCCGGGUCUCCUGGAACUGGUACAAGACAAGCUGAACAUUGCCCCAAAUGGCAUGAUGUAUGUACGGCCUGAGAUGCGCAAGAGUCUGCUUGCAAAGAUGUUGGGCGAAAUCCUGGAGACACGCGUCAUGGUCAAGAGCGGAAUGAAAGUCGACAAGGAUGACAAGACAUUGCAACAGCUCUUGAAUAACAGGCAGCUUGCGCUCAAACUCAUUGCCAACGUCACAUAUGGUUACACUUCGGCAUCAUUUUCAGGACGCAUGCCGUGUUCGGAAAUCGCUGAUAGUAUCGUCCAGACGGGCCGAGAGACAUUGGAGAAAGCCAUCGCAUUGAUCCACUCGGUCGAGCGAUGGGGCGCUGAGGUUGUGUAUGGCGAUACCGACAGUCUAUUCGUGUAUCUGAAAGGUCGUACGCGAGAUGAUGCAUUCAAGAUCGGGAACGAGAUCGCAAAGGCAGUGACUGAUGUCAAUCCUCGACCGAUCAAGCUCAAGUUUGAGAAAGUCUAUCACCCAUGCGUGCUUCUCGCGAAGAAGAGAUACGUGGGCUUCAAGUACGAAUCACCGAACCAGACCGAACCCGAGUUCGACGCCAAAGGAAUCGAGACUGUCCGGCGAGACGGAACACCCGCCGAACAAAAGAUCGAGGAGAAGGCACUGAAGCUACUCUUUCGCACAGCAGAUCUCAGCCAAGUCAAAUCGUACUUUCAAGCGCAAUGUACCAAGAUCAUGUCCGGUCGUGUCAGCAUCCAAGACUUUUGCUUCGCGAAAGAAGUCAAAUUAGGAACCUACGCCGACAAAGGACCCCCUCCGCCCGGCGCCCUCAUCGCCACCAAGCGAAUGCUCCGCGACCCUCGCGCCGAGCCCCAAUACGGCGAACGCAUCCCUUAUGUAGUCAUGGCCGGCGCACCCGGCGCACGACUAUGGGAGCGCUGCGUCGAGCCCGAGCGGCUUCUCCACGACGCCCAUGCGGAACUCGAUGCGGAAUACUACAUCAACAAAAACCUCAUUCCUCCCCUCGAGCGUAUCUUCAAUUUGGUCGGCGCGAACGUGCGUGCGUGGUAUGACGAGAUGCCGAAAGUGCAGAGGAUCCGUAUGCUCGGUGGGCCGAGACUCCACGAGGGCGAGAGUAAGAAUACCAAAAGGACGAUGGAGAGCUACAUGGGCAGCUCCCACUGCCUCGUCUGUCGGACCAAACUUGCUCCCGCGCAGCAGCAGCAGCAGCAGUCACAUUCCGCACUCCGCGAAACCGUCGCCGAGCUACCGUUAUGUCACACCUGUCGACAUACAAAGACAUCAUCAACUAUCCUGACCCUCCGCCGUCGGUUGCAAAAGGCCGAGAUGCGCGCACGCGAUAUCGAGAAGGUCUGCCGUAGCUGUGCGGAUGUCGCGUUCGAUGACAGUGUAUCGUGUGAUAGUCGGGACUGUCCCGUGUUCUAUAGUCGUGUCAAGGCGAAUAGUCUGUUGGAAGUUGCGAGGAACGGGACGGGGAAAGUGUUGGAUGAUCUGGAGACACUUGUUGCGUCUGCCGCUUUGAUCACAAUACGCAUGGGCCAAGGCUUUUCCCCCCGAGCAUCCCACGGCUCAGACGUCAUCUGGACUAUUCGGCUGAUCCUCUCGCAGGACUCGUCCUCCAACAACCUCUCGCACUAUGCAGGUGUCGGCUGCGUACAUGCAAAGAGAUCCACCACCAGGACCAGAAGGAUGAGACAGUGUGUGGCAGAUUUUCUGUCGCGUGCCUCCACUUCUCUCUCUCUCUUCUCCUCCCGGGGAUUUUCGCUCAAGCAUAUGUUCUUAAAGCAAGUGAAAUCGGAGAAAAAUCGCUCAUUCUGCUGCUGCUCCGUCGUGUGGUUGGCUCUCUCUCCUUUACGUGCUCCUGACGUGCAUGGUGUCGUCUUCUCGCUCAUUGCCUCCCUCUGCGACCGCGAUCCAAAUCCGCUCAUGCCAGCAUCCGUCACGACCGAUGGACGCGCGGAGAAGGACUUACUCGUAGUUCGCAAUGAUGAACGUGCCCUUCCGGGACAUGACCUCAACAGUACCGAAAGCGACAUUUCACAUGAUCUCAAACCCGCCGAGAGCAACAUCACCAACUCACAUCUAUCCACUACUCUUUCAACAACGACGACGGCAACCUCAGCCCUACGCGACAAAGUCCAAUCGACCUCGGAGAAACUUCAGGAUAAAUUCCACAUUCAACGGAUCCGUGCAACUGGCCCUUUCAAAUUCUUCUAUCCAACCCGCGUCCUCAUGGGCGUGAAAUGGAAGGAUGAUCGGGACCCUGCCGGCUCGGGAAUGGCUGAUGGUUCCGAUCUGGCAUUACUGUGGCGUUCGCGAGAUUCCCGCAAAGGUCGGAAGAAUUCCAUCGUGCUGCCCUCCCGAUCAGCAUCACUAGCCGUGCCAACCGCCGCCAGGACCAUCCCCACGACUGACACCGCCACCGCUCCACCUUCACAAACCGCCCGACUCCCAUCACCCAUCGCACAGGUAUGUAGAAAUCUCUGGCGUAUGUGCACGACAUUCCCUUACUGGGAUAUGUCCUUCUGGGUAGCCUUCGGCUACACCCUGGGCUCCGCGGUCUUCGUGAUCAACGGCUGUUUCGCAUGGAUCCCGCUGGGUUUCCCGGACGUCCCGACCUUCCCGGGACAAGCCAAAUACGGCGUCGGCAUCACCUCAUGCAUCGGCGUCUUGCUCUUCCAGAUCGCCGCCUUCAUCGCCUACCUCGAAGCGGUGAACGAGGGUUCCUUCGGCGGCUCUGUACUGCGGAGGUUUUUGGAUGAGAGUGAGAACAACGACGAGGAUCAGAAGGAAAUGGUCGACGCCAAACUCCAUCUCUUCCUCCACCAUCUCAAUCCCUCCCACCACCACCACCAUCACCGCCAUACCGCCGCCGCCGCCGUCGACCCCGAACUCGGCUGGAAGACCAAAGAUCUCCCCGACGACCUUCCCGACCAUGAAGAUCCCGCUCCGCAACCCCGCCGCGACGCCUUCGACCUCGGGCCCUCCUCCAUCGGAUCCUCCACCCUCGAGUCCGGGAGCACCUACACCCUGCACCCCUUCCGCUUCCUCCCCACCUGGCACAACCUGGCGACGCACCACAUCCACAGCAUCGGCUUCCUCGCCUGCACCGUGCAGCUGAUCGGCACCACCAUCUUCGUCGUCACCGGCAUCGUCGCGCUGCCGGGCAUCCUGGAGAACCUGGUGCAGUGGCAGCUCAACGCGGCGUACUGGAUCCCGCAGAUCGUCGCCUCGGCCUUCUUCAUCGCCGCCAGCCUGCUGUUCAUGCUGGAGACGCAGGAGAAGUGGUGGCGGUUCGAGCCGGGCGUUCUGGGCUGGUGGAUCGGCGCGUGGAGUCUGGUGGGCAGUUGUGGGUUCAUGUUAUGCGGCGCCCUCGGCCCCGCCUAUCUCAACCCCACCGCCGUCUACCACUCCUCGCUGUCCAGCCUAUGGGGUUCGACGGCCUUUCUGAUCAGUAGUCUCAUCCAAUGGUACGAGAUGAUCAAGAACAAGUAUCAAGUCGAGGAGCGCCACCCCGAGGGCGCCGAGGACGUCGGUUCCUGGCCUCUGCGGCCGCGUGUAGGAUGA